AUGAGAGAUCCCCACCCCGCCUCACCCACCUUUUUUCCAGAAGACAUACUGGCCAGGAAACCUGUACUCAACCAAUCGGGGUCCCCUGAGUUCGUGUUCCGUGUGUUCACCAAUGUCCCUGAAUUUCAGGCUUUGCUCUUCACCCUUUUCCUCCUGCUCUAUCUGAUGAUCCUCUGUGGCAACACUGCCAUCAUCUGGGUGGUGUGCACGCACAGUUCCCUGCAUACACCCAUGUAUUUCUUCCUGGGCAGCCUGUCUCUCCUGGAAAUCUGCUACACCACAGAUGUGGUGCCCUUAAUGCUUUCCAAUAUCUUUGGGGCCCAGAAGCCGAUAUCAUUAGCUAGUUGUGGAACACAAAUGUUCUUUGUAACUCUAGGAAGCACUGACUGCUUUCUAUUGGCAGUCAUGGCCUAUGAUCGCUAUGUGGCCAUCUGUCAUCCUCUGCACUACAGCCUUAUUAUGACCCGGAAUCUGUGCGUCCAAAUGGUGCUGGGUUCCUUGGGCCUGGCACUCUUUCUGUCCCUGCAACUGACUGCCUUAAUUUUCACCUUGCCGUUCUGUGGACAUCACAGGGAAAUCAACCAUUUCCUCUGCGAUGUGCCUCCUGUUCUGCGGCUGGCCUGUGCUGACAUCCAUGUGCACCAAGCAGUCCUCUAUGUUGUAGGCAUCCUGGUGCUCACAGUUCCAUUCCUCUUGAUUUGCAUCUCCUAUGUGUUCAUUGCUUCCACCAUUCUACACAUGCAAUCUGCAGAAGGCCGCCAGCGGGCCUUUUCCACCUGUUCCUCCCACCUCACUGUGGUCUUGCUUCAGUAUGGGUGUUGUAGCCUGGUGUACCUGAGGCCUCGCUCCAGCACCUCAGAGGAUGAGGACCGUCAAAUUGCCCUGGUCUACACCUUUGUUACCCCAUUACUCAACCCUCUGAUUUACACCCUUCGAAAUAAAGAUGUCAAAGGUGCCCUGAGGAACUUCAUUUUCAAUAAAUCAGUCUGA